AUAAAGUGAGAGAGUUUGAACCUCCCAGCUUCGGGGACAAGUAUCUUCGAAGAAGCCAGGGGCGCUUGUUAUUGUACAUCAUACGGUUAAGUUUCAUACGACGGAUAACCUGUUAGACCUCGACUCAAACCGGUUAUAAUUAAAAGGGGUUAAACUGAAUAAGCUUUUAUCUAACAGGAGGAGGCAGCAUAAAGAUAACUAGUCGGCACCAGGUAAUCAUAUGUUUGGAAAUGCAGGUUUAACUGCCGAAAAAGAAGGAACGGACUCGUAAUAACCUGCCAUACGCGGCGUGGAGAGUGACAGUGGAUCAAUCAUAACAGAGUGAAAUCAGUUUGGAAGAAAGAAAACAAUGUCUUGGCCUGUGGAAUGUGGACUGCUCUUUUUGCUGACAUGGACCUUUGCUGAUUCUACUGAUUUUCAAGUCAUACUAGAAACCCCUUCUCACCGAAAUCAAGUUCCUUCCACAGAUUUACACGCUUCUAGCGCUCACUGGUCUGAGUGUAGUCGGUCCUGCGGUAAUGGUGUAAGUACACGAAAUCGGAUGUGCGCAACAAGGUCUGAUGAUUUGGUACAAAGUUCUCGCUGUAGUGGAGGUUCAAUCGAACGUAAAGUAUGUCACACACAGGACUGUCCAACUGAUACAAAAGGUUUUUUGGAACUUCAGUGCUACCUUCAUAAUGGCCUCGAGGUGGCUGGUCAUGUAGUUCAACAAUGGGUUCCGGACUACAGAGGAAGCAACCCUUGUCACUUACAAUGUCGAGCAGUAAGGCUUGGAUUCGUUUACAGCUUUGGUAAGGUCAUCGACGGCACUUCUUGUUCCCAUGAGAACGGAAGCAUAUGUGUAGAUGGAAGAUGUUUGACAGUUGGCUGUGACGGAUACAUUGAAUCUCAGAAAGUUCUGGAUAUGUGUGGGGAAUGCGACGGAGACAAUAGUACUUGUAACCAUCAUGAAGGGAUUUUCAACGGUCAACGACCAGACACACCUGUUCUUUUGCCGUCUGUUUUGUCCACACUACACACAUUUCAUGGUUUUGGUCGAGGUUACAGCAAAAUAACCAUCAUACCAAAAGGUGCCAGGAACAUUCAAAUAGAAGAUAACAGUGGUAAUUACCUAGCUCUGAUGGACGAUAAGUCUUCCUUCAUCAAUGGCCACUGGAUGCUGGACCUUCCAGGAUAUUACAGAGUAGCUGGUACAAAAUUGCAUUAUUCCAGAACUCCAGAAAAGGAAACGAUAUCAGCGCCAGGACCUACAGAUCGACACCUGACACUCCUAGUGUUACUCAUAGAAAGAAACCCCGGCAUCCAUUAUCAGUAUUGGUUAUCUAAAGAAGAAACUUCCACAAUACAACCAAGAAUUAGCCCGGUAGAUGUCUCCAUUCACGCGACUUCAGUCUCGACACGUGCUUCACCGUCAACCGCCAUUGCACCAGUAACAACUGGUUUAAUCACCCCCGUUAGACAGUCUAAUCGUUCUUUUCCAUCUUUUUACCGAACCACCUUUCCUACAUUUGAACAAACAACGCUUCAACCUCGUUCACCGCAAGAAACGUACAAACAAUACGUGACUUCAGCGCCAAAAACAAGUAGCAAUAUUAACAACCGUUCGAUCGGACAUACUCGUGAGACGUUGCAAAAAAGUAAUGUGGGAAUUUCACAUUCUACCAAUAAGCCCGAAUCGGGAAAGGUUCAUUCUUCUCGAAAUAUGGCGGAGUUUCAACAGAACCGAAAUAACAUAAGAAAUUCAGAUCACCUGCAUACUACAUUAAAACCCCAACAACCCUCCCGAGACCACGAAAAAUUAAAAAAACAAAAGGGACAAAACUAUCCUUCCGUAUUUACCAGUCGAAGAAGAACUUCAAAACCAUAUUCUGUUGUAUCGAGAUUACCAAAAUUUAACAGUUCUUUGCCGCACUCGACGUCAAGAUUUUCUUCAAACAAGAACUUUCAGACAAUGAAUAAAAUCCUAAAAAACCAAAACAAACACCCUCACAACAAGAAAUUCCACUAUGCAGGUCCUUUGGCGAGAGGCCGAAAGUUUUUGUCAGGUUCGAUAAAAUCCAGGAAAAAAUAUUGGAAAGGUUCCUGCCCUUCUUGCAAGAAGGUUAAAAACCAAAGGAAACAUUUUUGCAUGAGUGAUCUUGUACUGAGGGUGGUGGUCUUUGAUUCGCAAAUCGUGAAAGGACAAAACCGGUACGAUGUCAGAAUUAUCCAGUCCUACAAAAACACAAUAGCAGUUCUACCAAGGGAAUAUCUGUGGUCCUUAGAUUCGUGCCGAUGUCCAAGGCUUCGUGUUGGAAGGGAAUACAUCGUAAUGGCUCGAUCAGGCCCAGGCUUUCGCAGGAAUGAAACACGUUUUUUAUUGGACAAAAGUAGUUUUGUUCGGCGUUAUAAACAACAGAGAGCGCUUCGGAUCUUAAAGCUGAAAAAAUUGCAAAAUAAAAAAUGUAAAAAGUUUUCUUAAAACGUUUAGCUUCAAAAAUACCAUACAGUCUUUGUGCGUUUCCUUGGAAUUUGACGUCAAAAAAAAAACAAUCAUAUUCGUAUAACUAAACAGCACUUGCGGACAGCAGCUCUGAGUCUUCUGUACAAUGACCAGCAGGAAUUAUAAUCGCUUUUAAGGAAACUCGUCGCUUUUAUUUAUGGGAGAGAAAAGUGGAGGUAUACAAUGAAACAAGACGUGUUUAUAAGUUGUAUUUCUUCUGACUAUUCCUACUGUGUGCCCUUCGUGCUAGUGAGAAAACACCGCACAAUAUAUUUUAUUAGUUUAAAAAAUGUACAAUUUUUUUCUUAAUCGGACGGAAAAGCAUAGUUUGAAAUAAGACAUGUGUCCAGAUCGUAUUAUAUUUGUCAAAAACAUAUAUAUGUAUAAAAUAGAAGUUUACCAUCAUUUGUUAAACAACAGCUAGUAACUCAGUAGUGCCCUGUGGUAUCAUAUAGAUUGUUCCUUAUACUAAAUUACCGCUUUUUACCAGUUUAUUUCAUUGAACAAACUUAUAAUUUCAAUAUUUAACAGGGAAAUUUUUCGAUCUCGUCUUCCACAUUUAACAGACACAACAACCUCGAGUUUAUUUUUGUGAAUAUAUAAAUGGUAGUCUGUCAGGGGAGAAAAGGAUGAUGUGUUAAUAAGUUUCAGGGCGAAAUACAAAUUUAGAAUUCGUCAGAUUAUUCAACAUUAACAUCGCGUGCUGUAUUGCACAAAAUCAUAAGACUUCGUAGUAAUUUCAUCGAAAGAUCGUGUGAAAUAAAAUAGUUUUAUGUGGGAGUUGCACUGAAAUCUUGAAACAGAACAAAUAAAACACAAAAGUUAUUCAUAAUAUCAGCUAGCUUUUUGUUAGUGUCCUUUUUUACAAUCUUCCAACUAAAGACGGAUAUUAUUAUAUAUUUGUGAGGUUUUACUUAGAAGUAGGAUGCCUAAAAUAUUUAAUUCAGCGGGUAUGUAUUUGUGUAUUUCUUUACCUGAAAACAAAUUAAAUAAAGUAAUUAGUUCAGCGUAUGUUUUUCUGCGAUCCAAUUUUGAAUUACAUAAUAUUCAUCAUUCAAAUUGUCGUGUGGGUUUUCUUUUACUUGGUCAAUGACGAAUGUUAUUUUAUUAGUUCAAAAAUACUAUAAUAAAAUACGCCACAAGCCUAAUACAUUGUGAGUGAUAAUCUUUCAGGAAGAGAUAAAUCUGAUUUCCAUUAUUGUGUUCAUUUCUUGUAUUGCAGAAGCUAUGAAUUUUGUGUCAAAUUGAAAAGCUAAUAGUUUGUCAGCAUUUUUUAUAAGUUAAAAUAUAUGCAAAAGCUUCAACUGCUUAAAAGAAUAAGCACCAAAUAAUGUGUCAAUUUACGUUUCUUUACCGUUUAAUAUUUUUUAUUCACCUUUUUUUUUACAUUGUUAAUAAAUUUCAUACCAAAUAUUGACCAACUUAUCAAAUAUUUGUAUGGGCUUGACGAAAAGUCUUAAGAUGACUUAUACAGCUUUAGAUAUCUCGCUACACCUACUAGCCAUUGCCUUUCUUUUACAGAUUGCUUUGUAAAACAACUUGAGAUGGAUAUAAUGCUUUAAGUAAUUCACUGCAUUUACUAGACAUCGCAUUUAUUUUAAAGCAGCUUUACAUAGGAUAUACAGCUUAAGAUAAUUCUUUAUAACUACUAGCCAUCUAUCUGUAUUUACGGAUUGCUUUUAAAGCAGCUAAUUAUUCUCUUUCUGGCUGAUUAUGAAACCUACAUAUAACACUAUGUUCAAGAUUAGUUUUUCAAAAAGACAGAAAUUGAUUAUUUAAAUGAUGAUCCUGCUUUAAACAUCACAGAGAAGAAAAUUUACAAACAUAAUUUAGGGAAUGCGUUAAGACUGGUAUAAAAUUUAAAAAAGUAACAAUUACAGAACAAUUAACGAUGCUUUCGUGCACGUGUGCAAAAGUUUUUAUUUCGAAAUUAAACAUGUUAAGGUGCAUGAUAAAAAUUUACGUUCGUUGCUUAACUAUUUCCUGUUCCAUAUUAAAUAUGCUGUCAGGUUGUUCGCUAAGCCUUGUGUCAUAAAAAAUCCUGGAGCAGAGUCACGUAUUUUUAUGGCCAAUAGAUGAAUUACGUGCCAGAGAAAUAAUGAUCAAUCAUGAGUACUAGUAGUAUUAAUCAUGAAAAAUAUAAAACCUGAUGAUAACGUUACGUAACACUAAGAAAUAAAGUACUUAUACAUUUAAUGUAGGUUUUAACUUUGUUGUUUUCAAUGGUUAUGAGGUCAGUCUUCUUGUGUUUUAUCAUGUACUCAGCCUUGCUGAAAUAACACUAAAAUUGUGUUCUAAGUAACGUAUCAUUAGUUGAAAAAGUUAGCAGUCUUUCGGACAUACAAACUUUUGUUAUUUUGAUGUAAAUCUGUGCUGAUGAAAUAAACGUCCACUUGUGUAUUGA